CCUCCGCAAGUAGGUGGAAAAAUGGUGGAGUUAUUGGACUGACAGAGGACCCCAGACUGUGAUUUUAGUGAUGUUGAAACGUUGAUAAUUCUUCUAGUCCAGUGAGAAAAAUUUGCUCGCUUGUUAAAGUUGUUUUUGCGAUUGAAAAUGGGGUUGUGCAAGUGCCCGAAACGCAAAGUGACGAAUCAGUUUUGUUUUGAGCACAGGGUUAAUGUUUGUGAGCACUGUAUGGUGACAAAUCACCCGAAGUGCGUCGUCCAAUCGUAUCUCCAAUGGCUCCAAGACAGCGACUGCAAUCCCAUCUGCACCCUCUGCAACGAGGCCCUGAAGAGCGCAGACUGCGUGAGAUUAACAUGUUACCACGUCUUCCACUGGUCCUGUCUGGACGCAUACGCGAGAAAUUUACCAGCAACAACAGCACCCGCAGGCUACACCUGCCCCACGUGCCAGUCUGGUAUAUUUCCAGAGGCAAAUCUCGUUUCUCCAGUGGCUGACGUCUUGAAACAAAAAUUAGCGAGUGUCAACUGGGCCAGAGCUGGUCUCGGUCUGCCUCUGUUAAGCAUCGACAGAGAGCAAAAGCCAAUCCACGAGCCAAAGCCCACUCCAAUAGAGGCUCCAUCAGUCUACCAGAAUCACUCGAUAACUCCCACAUCAUCGCCCUCAACAGCAACAGCCAGAACCAGUGGUACCGUGAACUCUCACGUGAACAGUGUUCACACAGCUGUUCAGAAGCAGGGGCCACCGUACUCAGUCGUCAAUAUCGAGUCGUCAGGGCAGAUGGAGCGAAAGGUCUUCGAGGCUUACGACGAUCCCAAGGACAUGUCCUUCGAUCACGAUGAGAACAAGUACCAGAGGAAAUCCGCUGUUGAGUGGUUCCUCAGGUGGUGGAAACUCAUCACGAGACCUCCAGCGCGCAGGAGAAACUCCUCGGGGGGACUUUACAAACGUUAUGCCAUCAUUGGGGUCUUUGGCCUGCUCUCCUUCGUCAUGAUUAUUAUUUUGUUCUCGUGGCUUGGGAGAAUGGCCACUAAUGGAGAUCCUGCUUAUAAUCUCAUGGCUAAUCCUAAUAUCAAUGUCGAGAAGAAAAGAAUUUAGGGAGGAGAGGAGGAGGGGGGGGGGUAAUGAGGAGUCUUGGGGGUGUGUUUCUGGAAGUCGAGAGAGUUCAUUUAAUUUUGGGAUUGAGGAGGUGAUAAUUUUAGGAGAAAUGCUGGCAGAUUUUUUGGGCGAGAACUUGAUUUUCUUCGCAGAAUAUUUAUUGGCAAUUCGACUUCAAAAAAAAUUGAUUUGUUUGUCCGAUUUUUUGUGUUGAUAUCUAAAUUUUGUUGGGGAGGAGCUGCUUUGAAAAGACAUUUAUGAGUUGUGGAGAUAAUUUGUUAUUCACGAGAAUGGGGAAAAUUAAUUUUUCUGUCAUGUUGUCAAACAUUUUGUCCAAUUAUCUUGGGUAGGAGUAGUUUUAGGGAAAAAUUUCAAUGAACGUUUUUUAUGGAGAAUUUAAUUUCCAUCAGAAAGGGUUCUCUUGAUUUUUUUUGUAAAACUAGGCAUUAUCGAGAUAAUUUGACAUUUGCAAAGAUGGGAUAGUUGAAUUUUCGUUUUUGUCAUUUGAAAAUAGAAAAAUAUACUGUUUUUCCAUUCAGGUUUUAGAAAGUUUUGGUAAUUGCUUGAUUAUUGUGGUGAUUAGGGGUGUCUCCGGACAUUCCUUCCUAAAACUAUUCGUUAUCCUUGUUAUCUAGGGCUUGAUAUCGAAACUUUGGUAACACAUCCCCAAUUGAUCCCCAAUGCAUUUGUCUACUUUUUAUUAAUUGUGUAAUUAAGACUAGGAUUACGAUGUAUAUUUUGAUCUAAUGUAAAUGUAUUUGAAGAUUUGUAUAGUACAUUCGAUACUGAUUAUUCCA